AUGACUAUCCCUUAUCCCUUGAUCGGCCCUGAAUCCUACGGCCUUGGCUCCAAGCAGGCUCGUCGCAACCGCAGUGCCUGCAGCACCCCUCGCAGCGUUGACAGCAACGUCAUUGAUGCUGCUUUCGCCAAGGAAGUCCAGUCUACCAACGCCUCCCAGGAGCAUUUGGAUUCUUGUGCCAGCAGCAACAAGUCUGAGAAGAAGUGGAAGGCUAGAUUCUCGAGGAAGUUCUUCCACUUCGCUUGAACUACACCACCACACUAUACACAACAUUACACUACGAACGAAAACAACAUAAUCAACAACAAUAAUGAAAUCGCUGGACGGAAUAUAGCAAAGCAAAGCAAAGCAUGGGUGUUUAGAUGGAUUGGAUUGCAUAGUUGGGAGCAUUGGUUUUUUUUUUC